AAUGGGUGCUUUCCCUCUCUAAAUUUGUGUUGGCUUUUAUUAGCAGACGCACUCCGAAGCAAACGUUGCUUUCUCUUCACUCCAAAUAGCUCCCAAGCAAUCUUUUUACCCCGAGAGAGAGAUUUCAGCCGAACGAUUUUGAAGCUCUAAGCGGUUUAACUAAAGCGAGUUGGAUAAAGUCGGUCGGUUCUUUUUUUUUUUUCUUCUGUAAUUUAACUCGGUUAAGUCCGGUUUACGCGUUAAUUUCCCUUCUUAUGAAUCAUCUGAACCAAAUGUUCGGAGUUAGCUCCGGCGCUGGGCCGUACCGAGAGUCACCGAUGACCGGACUUGAAUCGCUCAAUUUCAUCGACGAAAUCCAGCAACUGGCGGCGACGUUCCCGCCGGAUAACACCGGCUCCUUCACGGCUCUGCUCGAGAUGCCGGCGACUCAGGCCGUGGAGCUUUUCACUUCGUCUUCUCCGGCCGCCGGAAACAUCGCUCCUCCUACUCUCCACCCGCUUCGGAGAUUAACCUUUCCUCCGGACCUCGCCGCGGUGAUCGCUGCAGAGCAAAACGGAAACAUCUCCGGUGAGUCUUCGAGCUUCGGCAUUAGAGUCAAGUCCGAGCCUGAAGAGACCGAUUCAUCUCAGCGGCUCGAUUCUCAUCCAACGGUGGAGAAUCAGAAUCGUAACAAGAGGAAAGAACGUGGGAAGAAGAAGGUCAAAAGCUCGAUGAAGAAGACCAAGAGCUCUGACGAAGAAGCAGAGAAGCUUCCGUACGUUCAUGUUAGAGCUCGUCGUGGUCAAGCUACUGAUAACCAUAGCUUAGCAGAACGAGCAAGAAGGGAGAAGAUAAACGCACGAAUGAAGCUGCUACAGGAACUAGUCCCAGGCUGUGACAAGAUUCAGGGGACUGCAUUGGUGCUAGAUGAAAUCAUUAACCAUGUGCAGUCUUUACAGCAUCAAGUAGAGAUGCUAUCUAUGAGACUUGCUGCAGUAAACCCAAGAAUCGAUUUUAAUCUCGACAGCCUAUUGGCUUCACAAUUUUCUAAUGGAUGGUAGCUUCAACGGAGAGUUUUAUCAUCAGCUGCAACAGUGGCCUCUCGAUGGUUACCACCAGACGGAAUGGGGAAGAGAAGAGGAUCAUCACGAAGCCAGUUUCUUGAUGGGUUCAGCUACUUUACACUCAAAUCAGGUGAAAAUGGAGCUAUAAGUUCCAAGCCAGUUGACAUGUUUGUGUAUAUAUAAGAGAGAGAUAUAUCUCCUGAGGUUUCGGUUGUUGAAUUUAGAGGUAGAAGAUGAUUUUGAACUCACCAUGGCCUCGCAUAUGUAUAAUUCAGAGACAAAUGUGACUGCUACUGCGCAAUACGACGUCGUGUUCGAAUAUUAUCCAAUAAUAAUGAUUAACCGGCCAA